AUCACUUAACACUCAAACUCAGUUGCAAGUGAAGACAUUUUUGUUAAAAGCCGACUAAAACUCUACCCCGACUGACACCGACAAAAAUUUUGUACAAGUGAAAGUGCAACGCCUUCAUCUCAAUUCCCAACGAAUCAAUUUUAUAUAAAAUCUAUACAUCUACUUAAAAUUUUAAUAAAAUACUUAUCUUUCUAUUAUUCCUACAAUGAGUGCCGGCAAACAUUUAAGCAAAGGAUCAGCAUGUCCAAAACUACCCGACGAUGGACAACUACGUCUCUAUUCAAUGCGAUUCUGUCCAUUUGCCCAUCGUGCUCACUUAGUGCUGGAUGCUAAGAACAUUCCAUAUCAUACAAUUUUUAUUAAUCUCACCGAAAAACCCGAAUGGCUUGCUGAAAAAAAUCCCCUUGGAAAAGUACCAGCUCUGGAAUUGGCCAACGAGCAGGGAAAUCCUAUUUUAAUUGAAUCGCUUGUUAUCUGUGAAUACUUGGAUGAAAAGUAUCCACAAAAUCCACUCCUUCCAAAAGAUCCCCUCAAAAAAGCUCAAGAUAAAAUUCUCGUUGAACGUUUUGGCCCAGUGACUGGUUCGCUUCAUAAAGUUCUUCUAAAUGGACCGGAAAACUCUCCAGGAGCUCUAACUGAUAUCUCCCAGGGUUUGGAUAUCUUCGAAAAGGAACUUGGUGAUCGUAAGACAACUUACUUUGGUGGUGAUAAGCCUGGUUGGAUUGACUACAUGAUUUGGCCGUGGUGUGAACGUGCAGAGAUGUUAAAAUAUCUUCUUGGUGAUAAAUACGAAAUGGAUCAGGAAAGAUUCAAAAAUCUGAUCAAAUGGCGUGAGGUGAUGAUUGAAGAUUCAGCUGUCAAGGGUUCCUAUUUGGACGGAGAGACUCAUGCUAAAUUCAUCAAAACACGUCGCACUAACACCCCCGAAUACGACAUGCUCGUAAAUUCGACUAAGAGGCAGAGAACUGUUUGAAAUCUACGAAUCGACAAGGAGAUUGAUGGUUAAAUUAUAUAUCAAGAUUUGAAUCUUGAGUUUGGACGAACUUUUUUCUCUCUCUCUAUCUCUUUUUCUAUUUCUAUGACAUUCUCAUAAAAUUUAAAAUAGUUAUUUUUCUACGAAUGCAAUUGCACAAAAGUUGAGAUGUUUUGUUUUUGUUACUUUUUUUUCUUAUAUAUAAUUUGAUAUUGUAUAAAUUUAUCUUAAAGACUUUUUCUAUCAACUUAAUCUGGAAUGUACGUUUGAUAAAAUGAAAAAAUAAACAACAAAUCACAUACACA